CAGAGGUGAUGUGACGAGAGCCCCAGAGCAGGGUGUUUCGACCCUGCAGUGUGCCAGGGCUUGCAAGCUGCUGGGGGAGAAGAGUGGCUGCGAAGAUCCUGGAGAGGGGGAGAGCCCAGUAGAGGUGGCCACGGCCCUCUGGGACCAGCUGGGACCCUGAAAGGAGGUGCUGAGUGCUCUGCCCAGGCAGCACUGUCCCCUCCUCCUGACACCGUGCUGCUCUGAUCCCCUGCCACCUGAUGCUUUGGGACCAGCUAUCCUCAACUUGAUGGGUGGCAACUGGCAACAGGGUUUGAUGCAUGUCCCCCUACCAGCACUGAUGCACCCCAUGGUGGUCCCAGUUGCCCUCUGCAUCUGGCUGCUGCACUCAGCUGCUUGCCUGGCCAGUGGGCAUGGCCUGGCUGGCAAGAAGGAGAUCAGCAUUGACGGAGACCUGGUCAUCGGGGGCCUCUUUCCUGUGCAUGAGAAAGGUGUGGGGAGUGAAGACUGCGGCAAAAUCAAUGAGCACCGGGGCAUCCAGCGCCUCGAGGCUAUGCUCUUCGCCCUGGAUGAGAUCAACAAGGACCCAAGCAUCCUGCCAGGGGUCACGCUAGGUGCCCACAUCCUCGACACCUGCUCCAAGGACACGUAUGCCCUGGAACAGUCACUUGACUUCGUCCGCGCAUCCUUGACCAAGGUGGAUGGCUCUGAGCACAUCUGCCCUGAUGGCUCCUACGCUGUCCAUGAUGAUGUGCCCACAGCCAUCACUGGCGUCAUCGGGGGUUCCUACAGCGACGUCUCCAUCCAGGUAGCCAACCUGCUGCGGCUUUUCCAGAUCCCACAGAUCAGCUAUGCCUCCACCAGUGCCAAGCUGAGUGACAAGUCCCGUUACGAUUACUUCGCCCGCACUGUCCCACCAGACUUCUACCAAGCCAAGGCCAUGUCAGAGAUCCUCCGCUUCUUCAACUGGACCUACGUCUCCACUGUGGCCUCGGAAGGCGACUAUGGUGAGACGGGCAUAGAGGCCUUUGAGCAAGAAGCCCGCAUGCGCAACAUCUGCAUUGCUACAUCAGAGAAAGUGGGGCGCUCCAUGAACAAAAAGACCUAUGAUGGUGUGGUCAGGGCCCUGCUGCAGAAGCCCAGUGCCAGAGUGGUUGUGUUGUUCACCCGGAGCGAAGAUGCCCGAGAGCUGCUGGCGGCUGCUCACAGAGCAAAUGUAUCCUUCAUGUGGGUGGCUAGCGAUGGGUGGGGAGCCUUGGAGAGCGUGGUGGCUGGGAGAGAAGCUGUCGCCGAGGGAGCCAUCACCAUUGAGCUGGCAGCAUACCCCAUUAAAGAGUUUGCUGCCUACUUCCGUAAUCUCAACCCUUACAACAACAGCCGAAAUCCCUGGUUUCGGGAGUUUUGGGAGCACAAAUUCAAGUGCAGCUUCCAUACCCAGGACUGUAGCCGGUACUCCUUAAAGACAGGCAAGUUUGAGCCGGAGUCCAAGAUCACAUUUGUGGUUAAUGCAGUUUAUGCCAUGGCUCACUCUCUUCACAACAUGCACCAGGCGCUAUGCCCCAAUGCCACCAAACUCUGCGACUCCAUGAAGCCUGUCAAUGGCAAGAGGUUCUACAAGGACUUCAUGCUCAACGUUAAUUUUGAUGCUCCAUUCAGGCCAGCAGACACCAAGAGCGUUGUUCGAUUUGACCGUUAUGGUGAUGGGAUUGGGCGCUACAAUAUCUUCAACUAUCACCACAUGGAUGGGCGGUACCAGUACCAGAAGGUGGGCUACUGGGCCGAGGGGCUCAUCCUCAAUACCAGCCUCAUCCCAUGGGCUGAGAUGUCUGUUCCUGUGUCCCAGUGCAGUGACCCAUGCAAGAAGAAUGAGAUAAAGAGCAUGCAGCCCGGAGACAUAUGCUGCUGGAUCUGCAUCCCCUGCCAGCCUUAUGAAUACCUGCUGGAUGAAUUCACCUGUAUGGACUGUGGUCUUGGUUACUGGCCCAACGAGACCCUGAAUGGUUGCUUUGAGUUGCCCCAAGAGUAUAUCCGCUGGAAAGAUGUUUGGGCCAUUGGUCCCGUCACUAUUUCUUGCUUGGGAUUUAUCUCCACUCUCUUUGUUUUUGGGGUCUUUAUCAAGAACAAUGACACCCCCAUCGUGAAGGCCUCAGGCCGGGAACUCUGCUACAUUCUCCUCACAGGGGUCCUUAUGUGCUACAGCAUGACCUUCAUCUUCAUUGCAAAGCCUUCCACUGAGGUGUGCACACUCCGGCGCCUGGGCCUGGGCACAUCUUUCGCUGUCUGCUAUUCGGCCCUCUUGACCAAAACGAAUCGCAUUGCCAGGAUCUUCAGUGGUGUGAAGGAAGGGGUGCAGCGCCCCCGGUUCAUAAGCCCCACAUCGCAGGUGGUCAUCUGCAUGGCCCUCAUCUCCUGCCAGCUGAUCAUUGUUGUUAUCUGGCUGCUGGUGGAGACCCCUGGCACAGGCAAGGAGACCGAGCCUGACAAGCGGUACAUCGUUACCCUUAAGUGCAACAACCGUGACUCCAACAUGCUCAUCUCACUCACCUACAACGUCCUCUUGAUUGUCCUGUGCACAGUGUAUGCCUUCAAGACACGGAAAUGCCCUGAAAACUUCAAUGAGGCCAAGUUCAUUGGGUUCACAAUGUACACAACCUGCAUCAUCUGGCUUGCCUUCCUGCCCAUCUUCUAUGUGACCUCCAGUGACUAUCGAGUCCAGACCACCACCAUGUGCAUCUCAGUGAGCCUCAGCGGCACCGUGGUCCUUGGCUGCCUCUUCACCCCCAAACUCCACAUCAUCCUCUUCCAGCCGCAGAAGAACGUGGCCAGCCACCGCGUGGGCACCACUCGAUUCAGCGUGGCAGCUGCAGGAUCUAGCCAGUCCCAUGGCUCAGCCUCACAGUACGUGCCUACAGUGUGCAAUGGUCGCGAGGUGGUGGACUCCACGACGUCAUCCUUGUGAAAGAUGGGAUUGGCUGGUCUGAGGUGCUGCAGCUCCUGCUCUCCUGCCGGCAGCCCCAGCCCCCUUGGGAUUUUCCAGCUCAACCAAGAGCUGCAAGGCUGCCCUGCACCUGGGCUUGCUCACCAAGGUGAGGGCACCGCCAGAAGCAGAAUCCAGAGAGCAGGACCCUCCCUGGCCUCAUGCCCUGCUGCUGAGCCAGCAAGGAGGCUCAGCUCCCAGCCCAGUGUGAGCCUCAUGUCCCAUGAACUGAGCCAGAGCGCACACCAUGCUUCCCUUGUGCUGAGCAUGCUUGUGCAUGCUUUCCUUGCACCGAGCCACAUCACAUAUCAUGCUUCCCUCACACUGAGCCAUUCCACGUCAUGCUUUCUUGUGCUGAGUCAUGAUAAGCCACGCUUCCCUUGUGCUGUGCCAUGCUAUGCGUCAUGCUCCUCUCAUGCUAAGCCAUGUCAUACAUCACACUUCCAUCAUGCCGAGCUUUAAGGUGUCACACUUUCCUGACACUGAGACAUGUUACAUGUCACACUUCCCUUCCAUUAAGUCAUGUUACACAUCAUGCUUCCCUUGCACUGAACCAUUACUCAUUGCGCUUCCCUCACACCGUGCCAUGGUACGUGCCAUUCUUCCCUUGCGCUGAGCCAUGUUACACAGUGUAUUCCUCAAGCCGAGCCACGAUACACAUCACUUCUCCUUUGCACUGAGUUGCGUUACACAUCAUGCUCACCCUGCAAUGAGCCAUGUUACAUGUUAUGCUUCCCCAGGACAGCCGUAGCCCCUGCAGAGGGGCCCACUGCUGCACUACGCAUUGGCCCUCAGCAGUUUCACCUUUUCCUUCUCCUUUUUGGCCCUGGGCUGGCAGGGAGCCAAGAGGAGUCCGACAGCCCCAGGGCAGGGCUGCCGCCUGCCUGUACCACUAGCCCCAACUGCCCCUCACGUCCCCUAGCUGAGCACCCAUGGCUGCACUGACCCCAGUCACACCUCCCCUUGCCCUGGCAACUUGAUAAAGCACAGCCAGGCUGGGCCAGAGUACUUCACCUAUGUAUCCUCAUGGUGUUUUUUUAGUUUUUCUAGAGUAUUUCUUGGCACAAGGUGCUCAGGGCUGAGAGGGUAAAAACAUGAACGUGAGCAGAAAGCAUCAUGUCUAACCCUCCAUUACAGCCCCUGCUCAGCUAGCUGCAGAGCCCAGGAGUUCUGAUUUUUGGCAUUUGCCUAGGUUGAGUGAUGUGCCAAGUGUAUUUGAGCCUAGCCAGGUUUUUAAAAGUAGAUUUUUUCUGUGAACAAGAUUGUGAUUUUUGGGGGUAAUUUUAUGUAAAUAAAGUUUUUUUUCUUUUCCCUUU